CGAACACUCUUCAAAAGAACCAACGACACCCGUUACGUGCAUAUCCUGCGAAGUGAUUCUCGACCCUCUGUUGUUUUUGAGUCAAACAUCAUCCUUCAAGGCCUCCUUGGACGAGCUUCAGCUACAUAAUUGUACGAUUUACCUCGGUUGAAAGAGGUCCAAGAUGUCUGGCAGCGCGGGUUAUGAUCGACACAUCACCAUCUUCUCAGAUCAGGGUCGAUUAUAUCAAGUCGAAUAUGCCUUCAAAGCAAUCACAGCAGCCAAUAUCACUUCCGUGGGAGUACGAGGCAAGAACUGUGCCGUGGUCAUAUCACAGAAGAAAGUCCCUGACAAAUUAAUCGAUCCGUCCUCCGUGUCCCAUGUGUUCAAAAUCUCGCCCUCGGUCGGAUGCGUGAUGACUGGUUCGAUAGCGGACGCUCGUGCAUCUACUGAUCGAGCAAGAGGAGAGGCUGCACAGUUCAGGUACAAGAAUGGCUACGAAAUGCCCUGCGACGUCCUAGCGAAGCGGCUGGCCAACAUCAACCAAGUUUAUACACAAAGAGCGUACAUGAGACCUCUAGGAAUUGCGAUAACCCUCGUUUCAGUCGACGAUGAAUUCGGCCCCCAGCUUUACAAAUGUGAUCCCGCAGGCUACUAUGUCGGUUACAAAGCCACAGCAUCCGGGCCUAAACAGCAAGAGGCGCUUAAUCAUCUGGAGAAGAAGCUGAAGAACAAGGAUCAUGCCCCUGGCGGCUGGGAAGAGGUGGUUGAGCUGGGCAUCAGCACCCUCAGCACUGUCUUGAGUGUUGAUUUCAAGAAGGGCGAAUUGGAGAUUGGCAUCGUUGGUGGACCCAAGGCCGAUGGAAGUGAAGGCACCGAUCCAGAGUUCAGGACACUAAGCGAAGAUGAGAUCGAGGAACGUCUCCAAGCUAUUGCAGAACGGGACUGAAGUCGGCUUCUGAAUGAUGGGGUGUACGCCAAGAAAAGGCGUUGUACCAACAGAUCGGCCCCCAGGCCACACUGGAUCAUAUACCUCGACGACCACGCUGGACAGGGAUCUGUUUACAACUCAGCUAUUGAUCUGGAGCUUGGUGUAAAAAUGGGCGUUGCGGAGUCUAUUGGCAGGAGAAGGCUCAGCACACUAGUGCAGCUGAUACGGGAUGAUGUCUGUGGAGAGCCACGGUGCACGUUAGAAUUAUGGAAAGGAUAACUUUUCUGCAACAUGUGAGCCGAGCACGUUACUGCAGGGGAAAGAUGGGCUUACAACUUCCGCUACUGGCCUGGUCCAUACCGUCAUUGCUUGGUUCCUGAGCAUGACACAGCCAGGGCCAGAAGUCCGAAGGCCGUUGGCUUGUCAGAGUUCUGUGGCUGUUGGCUGAGGCUGGAGGGAAAAGCGCAAAUGGAACAACAGAUGCACCUGGAGCUGGAGGAUCGUGUACUCCGUAAGCAGAGCAGAUUCAAGGCCACUGAUCUCCGUGUCAAUACAAGCGAGUAGACCUUUUCGUCAACAUGUCGGUGCCCAUGCAGAAGCGAAGUGGAUGGAAAUACAACGCUGGAGCCAGUAGAGGCAUCGGGAGGGCACGAGAUGAUGGUCAGCUACACGCCUUCACACCGUCUUCGCAUCGCCCUGACCUUUCAGCUUUCUGCUUCCGGCCAAGCGCGAAGCUCGUCCCUUUUUUGAGUAUAGACUAAUGCAGACGGGGAGAUGGUGUGAUUGGCCAGACGCAGGGCCGAGUCUCCAACGCUUUCCCGAUGCAAUUCAUUCCCACUAUUCAACUCUC